CCACAUGUGAAAGUAAUGAGUUGUGUACUUAAGAUAUUCGAGUAACUAUCGGAAAGGACUUUAUUCAACAGUCAACAAAAACUUAAGAUGGAUGCAGUCUCAGGGAAAAAGGCACCCGAGGGAACAGGAUCGGUGUCUGACCACACAUUCUGCCAGACAUGUGCGAACGAUGGCAAGGACAUCCCUCCUGAUGCCUUCUGUACCGUCUGCAAGGAGUUCCUGUGUUCCAACUGUGCCCGAGUACACAGGAACAUGAAGCUUACCAAAAGCCACCCUCUUCAGGACAAGAGUACCAUGCCUUCUUCACUCCAACCAGAGAGUGAGAAUAAGCAUUUUACGGAAACAUGUCAACGCCAUGCCGAAGAGUUCAUAAAAUACUUUUGUCCCAAUCACGAGACACUUCUGUGUGGAGACUGCUUGGCUGAGAAAGAACACAGCUCAUGCACUAUUGAAAGGAUUUCUCAAGUGGCAAAGCGGUACAAGGAGGGCCCAAAAUACAACGGUCUGAAGGCAGCACUUGUCCAGGUGGUCAAUGAUAUCGGCAACCUUUCAGACAACAUACAAGCGAGCAUGAACUAUAUUGAUGAAGAGAGCUUUACAAAUAUCAAUGCGCUUCGAAAGUUCAGGAAUGAAAUCAACCAGUACCUGGAUAAGAGGGAACAAAAGUUACUGGAAGAAAUUGAGCAGAAGAAAAAAAACUCACAAAGCCUGUUGAGUGAACUAAAAUCAAAUUGCCAAGACAUACAAGCUGCCACUGAGAAGCUCAAGGCUGAGCUACAAGCCAAGGAAGUCAACAGUAACCAGUUGUUCAUAUCUGGAACAAGUGCAAUUAAGGAGUUAGUCGGUUUUCAGUCAGCCCUUAAAGACAUCAGAGGUAAAAAAAGUGUGUCAUACUUCAAGUUCACAAGGGACCCCACCACAGAACAGCUGCUGGCUUCAUGCACAGCAAUUGGCAGAGUUGACCAGGUGGCGUCAGAUUUGGCAGACCAGGUGGCGUCAGAUUUGGCAGAUAAGGUGGCGUCAGAUUUGGCAGACCAGGUGGCAUCAGAUUUGGCAGACCAGCAGACAAAACUUCAGGAGCCAGCCUUAAACCAAGGCCGUGCAGACUUAAGACAGUACCAGUUUAGCAAGCUGCCUGGCAUUCCAGUGAAGACGGCAGCAGACGCCAGUUACUGCUUCCUGACCGGUGUGGCCUUUCUGUCCGGAGACAGGCUUCUACUGGCUGACUUUAGCAAUUGCUCAGUAAAGCUUGUGGACACCACUACCAACAAGAUAGUGUCCCAGGUGAAACUUCCGGAUAAGCCGUGGGGCCUGUGUCUCCUGCCCGGGGAAAAGGCAGCCGUCACUCUGCCUCGGGAGAAGAAGAUACAGUUCGUAUCUACUAAGGGAAAUGCCACACUACAGGAUGUUGUUAAAGUAGAUGGACAAUGUUGUGGAAUAGAUUUCUGUGAUGACAACUUGAUAGUGUCCUUCAUCCUCCCAGGCAAGGUUGUGAUGAUGGACAUGACGGGAAAGGUGAAGAAGAGUGUGAACAAAGAGAGCAUUGGAAAACCUUUGUUUCAGUUUCCGUCGUAUCUGACAGUGACAAGAGAGAACCAGAGUACUCCCGCCAUAUAUGUCUCAGACAGGAACACCAACACCAUAACCAAGCUGAGCAUAUCACUGGAGAUGCUCCAGUCCUAUUAA